UCCUUCAAAUUGUUAUUACUUGCAAUGAAAUACUACGUCCAAUUCUGAUUAGUAUCGAUGUUAUUCCUUCAAGUGGUUAGUCGUUAGAAAAGUGUGACACUAGCAGAUGAAGUUGGGUAUUUCAUUGUAUUCAAUUCGUGACUGGAGAUACAAUAAGAAAAGGAAAAACUUGUAGUGUAAAUCCAAUUAGUGGCAAACCGGCUGGAUCUGACGUUACACUUGGCGCUUUAUUGUAUAUAGUAUACGUUGCAAUGAUACCAGAAUGGCGACGGAGGAUAUCAAAAUUGUUCAUAAUUCCCCAGCGGUAUGUCCUUGGGAUCAUGGGAUUGCUGGCUGUGUGCAACGCGUAUACCAUGAGGGUGUGUUUGAAUUUGGCUGUAACACAGAUGGUGAAUAACUCAAAGAGCGAUUCUGCGAAGUAUGAUCCUGAUGCUUGUCCAGAUGAGAGUGAAAUACUUGUCAAUGGCACCGUUGCGCUUAAACCUCACGCAAUCUUCGAAUGGUCAGAAUCAACGCAAGGGCUCAUUCUUAGUGGCUUUUAUUACGGAUAUGCUAUUACUCACGUCCCAGGGGGCUACUUAGCCGAAAAGUAUGGCGGCAAAUGGACAUUAGGAAUUGGCCUUCUGAGUACUGCAAUAUUUACAUUAUUGACCCCAAUUGUGGUCAAAGCCGGGGGAGCGACAUGGCUCUUUAUACUUCGUAUCUUACAGGGGAUGGGAGAGGGUCCAACAAUGCCAGCUUUGAUGAUAGUACUGGCUCGAUGGGUACCGCCACAUGAAAGAUCACGACAAGGAGCCGUCGUCUUUGGUGGAGCACAAAUCGGAAACAUCUUUGGUUCUUUUAUGUCUGGUGUCCUAAUGGCUGGAGGUGGAGACUGGGCUAACGUAUUCUACUUCUUCGGUUGCUUUGGGAUCUUGUGGUUUAUAUUUUGGAGUAUAUUCUGCUACAGUACACCGAACACGCAUCCUUUUAUAUCAGAUGAAGAGUUAAAAUAUUUGAACGAGACAGUAACGAGCGCAGACACUUCUAGUGUCAGGGAUCCCGUACCUUGGAGAGCGAUUGUGAGAUCAGUUCCUGUUUGGGCCCUUUUGUUUGCUGCUGUUGGCCACGACUGGGGCUACUACACAAUGGUCACAGACCUGCCCAAGUACAUGACGGAUGUGCUGAAGUUCAACAUUGCGACGACGGGUACUCUGACUGCAAUCCCCUACCUUGCUAUGUGGAUAAGCGCUUUCUUCUUCGGCUGGAUCUGUGACAUUUGUGUAAAGCGCGAGUGGCAUUCUAUCAAAACUGGAAGAAUUAUUCACACGACUAUAGCUGCAACUGGACCGGCCAUUUGUAUUAUAUUAGCCUCAUACGCGGGAUGUGAUCGCUUUGCAGCUGUCGCCUACUUUAUCGCAUCUAUGGCCUUGAUGGGAGGAUUUUAUAGCGGCAUGAAGGUGAAUGCUUUGGACUUGGCGCCUAACUACGCCGGUUCUUUGACUGCGAUGAUAAACGGAACUUCCACCAUAUCGGGAAUUAUCACACCUUAUCUAAUUGGAUUGUUGACACCUGAUUCGACACUAGUACAAUGGCGAUUGGCGUUCUGGGUGUGUUUCGCAGUGCUUGUCGGCACCAACGUGAUUUACUGUAUCUGGGCUGAUGGCAAACAACAAUGGUGGGACGAUGUCCGGCAAUACGGCUACCCGGCCGACUGGAAACAUGGUCCUCUCAAAAUGGCCGACACAGACAUGGAGAAGAACAAAAAGAAAGAAGCAGAAGGCACGGCACUUUAAUGUGCCACUAAAGAGAAAUGAUAAAAAAUACGAUUACUCAAAGCUAAUUUAUUGUGAGUUUACUUAAGCUGUUUUUUCUUGAAUUAUGUGAUAAACACAACUGGUAGGACGAUGUCCAAUAAUACGGAAACAUUACCAGCUCUAAAGACGGUCUUUUCGAGAAGAUGUCCGUUAAUACGGCUAACCAGUCAACAGGAACCAUGAUCCUCUCAAAAUGGCCGACAUGGAGAUAUACAAAAUAAAAAAGCAGUAGAUACGGCACUCUAGCGACACUAAACACAAUUUGCCAAUAUAUCUAACUGUUAUUAUUUAAAGCAUUUUUUGAGGUUUACGUAAGCUUUCUCUCGGUGCCAUUUUGUGAUAUACCUAAUUAAAUUAUGGUGCAUUCAAUUACCUAGUUUAUGAAAAUAAUGAAGAAUUUUGAGGAACGUUAAUAAUAUACAUAUUUUUGCCGUUAUUGGGUAUUUAAAAAACCUCCGAUUUAUAAUAUAAUUCACUUAAAUUCUUAUACCCCCUGACAUUACGUUUUGAUUUUAUUUUUGCGAAUAAGCCUCGUCUUACAAAAAUCAACCUGUGAUCCAUUUUGUUUGGUAUAUUACCUAUUAUGUUAAUUAAAUACCGUGUACAGUAAAAUUUUAUAUGUAAUAGUGUAGUUAUUUAAUUAAGUUUAAUUUAGUGUGAGCAUUAUUUUAUCAAUAUACGCGUAUUGAAUGAUGAUGUAGUUUAAGAUGGAACACACUUAUCUACGAGGUAAUAAAAGUAAAAUGUACAUCAUACGAGAAAUAGGUCGAUUUUGCUUUCGUUUCGGUUUACGGUGGAAUGUUCAGUCCCUACCAAAAUGUAAGAACAAAGACAAACUAAAGGAGAUAAUUACAGAUAACUUAUUUUCUAUUUUCAUAUAAAUAACUAUAAAACUUUGUUUUUGCUUACAUUAUGGAUAACGGGGAUUGAACAGUACAACCAAUACGUAUACGAGUAUUUGUGUACUCUAUAGCUUAUAAUAUUACUCUUGGUCAGAGGGACGGAUUGCGACCGGGACGUACAGAUCGCCAGUAUUAAAAGCUCUUAAUAGUGGUUUGAUUGUCUAAAUAGAACUCAAUUAUUGCGAGUGAAUAUGUCAUACUAAAGGUACAGUGCAGUCAAGGAUUGGUAUAAAUCGAAUUGGCACCAAUAUGUAGGUAUGUUACCUCGAAUCAAAUCGUAGAAUAAAGUUCUCUAUUUCUGUAAAUAAUCAUUCUUUUAAAUGUAUAAAUGAAUACAAAAUUAUUGAUGUAUUCACAACCAUAUACAUCAUGUUGGGUUCAUUUAUUUAUUUUCUAUUUUUCAAUCCAUCUUACACGUUUAACUGUUAUCAAAAGUUGCCAUUGCGCAAGCCACACAGAUAUGUUGUCUGACCUUGACAUGACGCAGAUGUCUUGACUUUUCAUUCAAAUACCAUCCAACAUAGAUUGAAAUAAGACAGUUUGGUGAAGAACAAUUGGAAGUGGCGUUGUACAAAAACAUACUUCUUUCCCAAUGGUCUCUAAAUAUAUUCCCUAAAAUUUAAAAUAUAUAGGAGUACAUGAUAAAAGUAACGUUUUUCCGUUGUAAUAUUUUUUAAAGUUGUACAUGUAUUACUAAACCCAUUUUUAUGCCAUAGUAUUAUUCCUGUUUUGUUCGUAUUUAUUGGUUAUUCAUGCUUAAUAUUAAUUAACCCCUUCAUGAUUUUUAAGUCAAAAAAUUUUACGUUACCGUACUUAACAAAUUUAUUUAUUUGGAUACAUAAACUAUAUUUAAUAAUUACCAUAAGGUAGGUAUAAAAUAGAAAAAUGAUAUACUUACUUGCAAAUAUUGUUAACAAAAACACCUAAUAAGUUAUAAGUUUUAGACA